AUGUCAUCUUGGCCCCCAAUCGAGCCACUCAUAGCGGUUGUGCCGCUGGGAGAAUCAGCACUAGAUAUCUUCCAGAAUGAGAAUCCUGUAUGGGACCUCGGCGAGGGCGUCCGUUCAAUUUUCGGAGGCUUUCUGGUAGGGCAUUCUGUUGCCGCAGCCAAGAAAACCGUGCCUGCCACGUUUCAGGUACAUAGUCUACAGUCUGUAUUCGUCAAACCCGGAAAUCCGCGCGAGAGAAUCAUGUACCGUAUUGAGCGCAUACUAGACGGUCGUACGCUGGCCACGCGUCUUGUGCGUGCCACGCAGGGGAACGUUCUUCUGUUUCAUGCCACAAUCGGCUUUCAGCGGUCCGAAGACAGCGGAACGGCCAAGUCAGCUGCAAAUGGCGUCCGCGUACUGGAGUACGAUAUGGCGAUGCCUCAAUGGGCAACUCAAGUAUCCCCUGAGGACGAGAGUUUGGGGUCGGGGUUUGCUAUGUUCGCCGAGAUGGGCGUACCACAAAAGUCAGCCGAGGAAAGUCCUCAAGAUCCGUUGGAGUGGCGUCAUCUUCCGGGAGAGGCAAUCAGAAAUCCAACUGAAUUUCGACGCCGUAGCUUUGUCCGUAUCCCGCUGUUGUCCACAGACGAUCAUGCCACGCAUCUAACGGCACUGGCGUGGAUGUCCGACGCGUGGUUGAUAUACACAGCUAAUCUCGCGAGCCCUGGAAACCAUCCACUGGGAAUAUGGAGGAGUAUUGUGAUAGAGACCACAGUAAACCACUCCGUGUGGUUCCAUUCACCAACGGUCAAGGUCAACAACUGGAUGGUCUGCGAAAGAAAGACCUCCUGGGGUGCAGACGGAAGGGUGUUGAUACAGCAGACUAUGUGGGAUAGAGAGAGUGGCCGUCUCAUUUUAUCAUGUGUUCAGGAAGGCAUGCUCCGACUUAAAGUAGCGAACCUUUGA